CGCUUCAUUUUUAAAUUUCCUUGUCAGCAAUUUUCCUUACAGCAAGAUCUCAGCGUGGUUUGGAAAUUUCACCAUUUUUUUUUGGAAACAUUAAUCAUUUAGUUUCGUCCAAAGUGAAAAGACGCGGGGCAAGGCGGUCAAUUUAAAUAAAGAAAACUUUUAAAAAUCAAUAAUAAAGAAAGAAAGGUGUAGAAAAUGGAUAAACCAAGUGGAUCUGCUGGACGGUCACGUGGUAUACGGGCAGGUUCUGGUUCCUCGCAAGGUCAUCCUGGAGCGCGUGGUAGACGGCCACCACAAGCGGGCGCUGGCGCACCUCCGGUAUCGGCAUGGGGAAAUCCGAAUGUAGGUAUGUCACGCGGUGCUAGUCGAGGAACGCCAGCAGUUAGCAUUCAGCCGCAACCGAGCACCAGUACAGGAAGUUUUCAGCAGCGCCCGCAGGCACCGGCUGUUAUAGGCCGCGCAGUCGCUCAUCGUAAUGUUCCACCUACGGAAGGCGCACAAGGGCAAUUUGUGUCAAAGGAAGACAAUCGCGGAACGGUAAGAGGUAAACGGGUUCUAACUGAAAUGGUUCAAUCUCGACCGAAAAAUCUCGUCACUAAAUGUGGAUUUAGUGGCCGUAACGUAGUGGCACAAGCUAACUACUAUAGAGUGUUAAAGAAACCGAAAUGGUCCAUUCAUCAAUAUCGGGUGGAUUUCAGCCCAGAUGUGGACAUGGUACGCCUGCGUCGCGCUUAUUUAGCACAUCAUAAAGAUAUUUUUGGUGGUUAUAUAUUUGAUGGGACCGUCCUAUUUUGUGCGGUAUACUUAAGCAACAAAAUGGUAAAUGGAGUCUUGGAGCUAUUGACCAAAAAUCGGGAGGGAGAGACUAUCCUGAUUAAACUAAAACAUGUCGGGAUUGUCGAGGUCGCUGACGCACAGUUGUUGCAAGUAUUAAAUUUAAUUUUGCGUCGCGGCAUGGAAGGAUUGAAAUUGCAAUUAGUAGGGAGAAAUUUCUUUGAUCCCGUUGCGAAGGUAGACGUGUCCGGUUUUCAGAUGCAAAUCUGGCCUGGCUAUCAGACGUCCAUACGUCAACACGAACAGGAUAUAUUACUUUGUGCAGAGAUAACGCACAAAGUAAUGCGCACUGAUACAAUUUAUCAAAUUCUAACCGAAACAGCCAAAGGCAAAGAUUAUAAAACUACCUUUGCCCAGCGUGUGAUCGGCACGGUUGUUCUUACCGAUUAUAAUAAUAAGACCUAUCGUGUAGACGACAUUAAUUUCGAAUUGUCGCCUUUGUCGAAAUUCUCCACCAAAGACGGAGAUAUUAGCUAUAUGCAAUAUUACAAACAGAGAUAUAAUAUUACAAUACGCGAUCACCAGCAGCCAAUGCUGAUAUCUCGGCCAACUGAGAGAAAUAUGCGUGGCGGUCAGAACGAAUUUAUUAUACUUGUGCCGGAACUUUGCCGAGCAACAGGAUUGACAGACAAUAUGCGAAGCAAUUUUCGCUUAAUGAAAGCGAUGGGUGAGCAUACCCGCUUAAAUCCCCAACGCCGCCUAGAACGUUUACGCAAUUUUAAUAGCCGCUUGCAAAACUCGAAAGAGAGCGUAGAAGUUUUUAAUUCUUGGAAUAUGGCGGUUGACAAUGCUUUAGUCGAAGUACCAGCUCGUGUUCUACCAAGUGAGCAAAUACUUUUGCAUAACUGUAAGGUAACGUGCGAUCAAAACGCGGAUUGGACCCGAGAGUUCCGAAAUAACGCAAUGUAUGUGCAUGUUAAUAUAAAACGCUGGUGUGUCAUUGUGCCGCGUCGUAACCUGAGACAAGUACAGGACUUUAUAAGGUUAUGUAAUAGGGCGGGUCAGUCAAUGAAAAUGGAAAUUUCGGAGCCUUGGUAUGAAGAAAUGGGUGACGAUCGUAAUGCGUCAUAUUCCCAAGCCAUCGAUAACGCAACUGCAAGGGAUCCGCAGAUUUUAAUGAUAGUAAUGGCAACUAACAAUGAAGAAAAAUAUUCGUGCAUCAAAAAGAAAUGCUGUGUUGAUCGUCCUGUACCAUCGCAAGUGGUUACAUUGAGAACAAUUGCGCCCCGCGGUGACAGGGCAUCGGGACUUAUGUCAAUUGCCACCAAGGUUGUAAUACAAAUGAACGCGAAAUUAAUGGGCUCUCCUUGGAUGAUUAAUUUGCCGUUAAGAGGUCUGAUGACUGUCGGAUUUGAUGUCUGUCAUUCGGCCAAAGACAAGAAUAAAUCGUACGGCGCUCUUGUUGCUACGAUGGACUUGACUUCUUCAACACGAUAUUUUUCAACAGUUACGCAGCAUUUGAAAGGCCAAGAGCUAUCAAAUGAAAUCGCUAUGAAUAUGACUUAUGCCUUGAAGGCUUAUAGAUCAGAGCAUGGAGCACUCCCAAAGAAUAUCGUUUUCUACCGGGAUGGGGUAGGCGACGGCCAACUACAUCAAGUGUUUAAUACCGAAGUCCAUCAUUUGAAAAAGAAACUCGACGAGAUAUAUGUGUCGGCGGGCAUUGCAACAGGAUGCUCAAUGGUAUUUAUUAUAGUUUCAAAGCGAAUCAAUACUCGCUACUUUGUCAACAAGCAAAACCCAGUGCCAGGAACUGUUGUUGACGAUGUGAUUACUUUGCCGGAACGAUAUGAUUUUUUCUUGGUAUCGCAAUCUGUGCGUCAAGGUACGGUUUCGCCAACGAGUUACAAUGUGAUACUUGAUACUAUGGGUCUCCCAGCAGAUAAAAUACAAAUAUUAACUUACAAAAUGACCCAUUUGUAUUAUAAUUGGUCCGGUACGUUGCGUGUGCCAGCGGUUUGCCAGUAUGCCCAUAAGUUAGCAUUCUUGGUGGCCGAAAGUAUCCAUCGCGCCCCAAAUGCCGCUUUAGAGAUGCAACUCUACUUUCUCUAAAACCAAAAUACCUCGAGAGAAGUUCGCUUAUUUUAAAAAACGCUUGCUUUCUGAAAAUAACUACAAAUAUACUUUUGUAUAAUAUCAACCUUAUUAUAUCGCCUUUAACAAUUUACUGCGCUAUUGUAUUCGUGAAUUAAUUAAUACAUAUAAUUUAAGGUGUAUCUAAUGAAAAUUCGUAAAUUUAAAAUAAUUUGUAUAAACCUUUUAUAUUUUGCUUAGCCCUCCUCCCCACUUUGUUUUGUUAACGUUAAGGACUUACAUGCAUUACUAAUCUUCCCAUUUUAUUUUAAUAUUUUUGCUUGGUUUUCUUUGCUUCUCUAAUAUUUUUUCAAAAAUUUAUUGAAAA